AUGGACCGUUUCCUUGCGUCUGAAAUGAGGAACGAGACAGCAGUCCAGGAGUUCGUCCUGGAGGGGUUUCCUGCAGUCCAGCACCUGGGGAAUGUCCUCUUCCUGGUGCACCUGCUGGCGUACCUGGCCUCCGUUACAGGAAACAUGCUCAUCAUCACCGUCACCUGGGCUGACCACCGCCUCCAGACGCCUAUGUAUAUCUUACUCAGCAGUUUCUCCUUCUGUGAAUGCUGCUUUAUCACCACGGUUAUUCCUCAAUUGCUGUCCAUCUUUCUCUUAGGACAGCAGACAAUUCCCUUUACUGCUUGUCUCACACAAGCCUUUUCUUUUUUAUUUCUUGGUUCAACAAUUUUCUUCCUCAUGGCGGUGAUGUCCUUGGAUCGAUACCUGGCCAUCUGCAAGCCUCUGCACUACCCCACCAUCAUGAACCCAAGGGUCUGUUUCCUUCUGAUUUGCUUCUGCUAUAUUUUGUCCUUCAUCUUUAUCACUGGUCUCAUCCUCAAGGUUUCCCAACUGUCCUUCUGUGGCUCCAAUGUCAUUUCUCAUUUCUUCUGUGAUCUUGGCUGCUUACUUCACCUCUCCUGUUCUGCCACUAUGUCUGUUGAAAUGUAUUUCUUCUUUGUUGCUUUAUUUGUCAUUAUACUGUCCCUCAUUAUAACCGUCAUUGCCUACAGCAACAUCGCGGUCACAGUCGUGCGUCUCCCGUUGGCCAAGGAGAGGCAGAAAGCUUUCUCCACCUGCUCGUCCCACCUCAUCGUCCUCUCUCUGAUGUACGGCAGCUGUGUCUUCAUCUACGUGAAACCAAAGAAAACCAACAGGCUGGACUCCAACCGAGAGGCCUCUCUUGUGAACACGGUGGUCACCCCGCUGCUUUUUUUUUUCGUCAUUUACACUCUGAGGAAUAAACAGGUCCACCAGGCUCUGAGGGAUGCUCUGGCCAGGGUGAAACUGCAGAAAUAG